UUGCAAUUGUCACUAUCUGACAAUGUGCUUCGUGAAGUUGCCGAUGAGGAAACGGCGGCGGGGUUGUGAUCAAAGCUCGAAAGUCUCUACUUGAAGAAAUCUCUUACUACGAGAUUAUACCUGAAGCAGCGGCUAUACACAUUGAAGAUGAAGGAAGGUACACCCAUUCAAGAACACCUUGAUGAAUUUAAUAAAAUUGUCAUGGAUAUAAAAAACCUGGAUCUUAAGCUUGAUGAUGAAGACAAGGCUCUCAUUGUGUUAUGUUCCUUGCCUAACUCUUAUGAAAACUUUGUUAACUCUAUGUUGUAUGGAAGAGAAUCCAUAAGUCUUGAGGAUGUGAAGGCCUCUUUGAACUCUGCUGAGUUGAGAACAAAGUUGAAUGGGAGAGGUAUCGAUAGGCAGGCUGAUGGUCUGCUAGCCAGAGGUAGAUCGAAGGCCAGAUAGGGUGAUAAAGGGUAAUCCAGAAAUCGCUCAAAGUCCAGGUCAACCCAAAACAAGAAAAAUGUUGAGUGUUUCUACUGUCACAAGAAAGGACAUUACAAGUCAGAAUGCUAUGCUCUAAAGAAGAAAGACAACCAGUGUGGUGAAACCUCAGAUUCAGCUAAUACGGCAAAGGCUGAUACUGCCGUUGUUGCUGAGACGGUUCUUGCAGUAUGUCCCUUGGAUGGCCGUUCCGAUAGAGAAUGGAUCUUGGAUAUAGGUGCGUCUUUUCAUAUGUGUCCAAAUAAAGAUUGGUUCACUACUUACAGAUCUAUAAGUGGUGGAUCAGUUUUGAUGGGCAACAAUGCAGUUUGCAGGACAGUUGGUAUUGGUACAGUUCGCAUCCGGUAUCACGAUGAGAUAGUGAGAACUUUAUCAGAUAUGAGACACAUACCGGACUUAAAGAAAAAUCUGAUUUCUUUGAGUUCUUUGGAUUCUAUUGGGUGUUCUUACACUGGCGAAGGUGGAGCUCUUAGAGUUACUAAGGGUUCAUUGGUUGUAAUGAAAGGUAGUAAGGUGAACAGUCUUUAUGUUCUCCAAGGCAGUACGGUGACAGGCUCUGCAAGUGUGUACUCUGAUGUUGAUAGGGACACUACUCAGUUGUGGCACAUGCGCUUAGGCCACAUGAGUGAGAAGGGGGUGACUAUUUUGAGUAAACGUGGCUUACUCUGUGGUGACCAUACAUCAUCACUUGAUUUCUGUGAGCAUUGUGUGUUUGGGAAGCAAACUCGGGUCAGCUUCUCGACUGGCUCACAUACGACGAAGGACACUCUCGACUACAUCCAUUCAGAUUUGUGGGGACCUGCUUAGGUUCCAUCCAAAGGUGGUGCUCUUUAUUUUCUGACGUUUAUUGAUGAUUUUUUCAGGAAAGUUUGGGUUUACUUUCUCAGGCGCAAAAGCGAGGUGUUCGAAACUUUCAAGAAGUGAAAAGUACUUAUUGAGAAUCAAACUGGAAAGAAGAUUAAACGUCUCCGAACAGAUAAUGGCCUAGAGUUCUGCAGUGGUGAGUUCAAUCAGUUCUGCUCAAAUUCUGGGAUCGUACGAUAUCGCACAGUCAGGCACACUCCUCAGCAAAACGGGGUGGCAGAACGCAUGAAUAGAAUGUUGAUGGAGAGAGCCAGGUGUAUGCUCUCAAACUCUGGCUUGGAUAAAGACUUCUGGGCUGAAGCUGUUAACACAGCUUGUUACUUGGUGAACCGGUCU